AACGCAAACGCAAACCAAUCGCAAGUACAAAACCAGAGACAGUCACAGAGAGUUCCAUUUUGUUAAAUCAGUCAGACAAUAAAACAAAAAAUCCAUGAGACUUUCCACCAUGUUUUCCUUACAAAAUCAUUACUCAUCAGCAAUCAAGACCUUCCCUCACUCCUCAGCUUUCUUCUCAUCACCUACCACCAAUUCUUUUCCUCUCCAAACCAAAUCCCGGAACUUUGUUUCCCUCAAGGAAUCUUCAUUUCCUGGGAAAUCAAUCUCCACCAACCCACGACAGCUCUGCGUCAUGGGCUCUAAAUCAUCUGACGAUGGAUUCAACCAGCCUAGCUUUCAGGGAGGUGAAUCAUUUUUAAGGAGUGUGCUGGCAAGUAUGGAAACAGUGUACUUAAAUAGGAACCCCACAGCAAAAGCAAUCUUGGAGCUUGUUCAGUCUGUGGACAGUGACCAUAUUUUCUAUGAUCAUCUUGCAUUUAGGACAUUUGGGGUGAACGGCUAUGGGAUUGACUCCAUAGCUAAGUUUUUCCUCGAUUUUGGCUAUACACAACGGGAGGAGUUGAGGUUUCCUGCAAAGAAACUGAAAGCACUGUGGUUUUCCCCUCCCAGUAUUCCCCUCCCUCGUGGUGGUUGUCGAGUCAAUGGGCCUUUACCAAGAGUAUUUAUAUCAGAGCUUCUUGUAGAUCAGAUGAGUAAUCAGACUCAGGAUAUAAUUAGGAAAUACACUGAAAUAGCUGGCAGUGGAAAAAAUCAUGCAGCUCUUGCAAGUUCCCUGGGAUCUCUAACAUGGGGAAAACCCUUAUAUUCAGAAUUCCAACAAUUGGCAAGGGAAAGUGAAUAUGCGGCAUGGACCCUUGUCAAUGGGUAUGCACUGAACCAUGUCACUAUUUCCACUCAUCAACUAAAAUCUCACUUAAGAGAUAUCAAAAGUCUCAAUCAGUUCAUUGAAGAAAAUGGGUUCAAGUUGAAUUCUGAAGGGGGAGUUCUGAAAGUGAGCCCUGAUGGCCUUCUGCUACAAAGCUCAACUGUAGCAGAUUCAGUUUCUUUCCAAUUUGCUGAUGGUAUCACUGAAUCAGUUCCCUGUUCAUAUAUUGAGUUUGCUGAACGCCUGGUGCUGCCUCAAUAUAAAAAUAUACCUGAGAUUGAGGUUAAAGAGUUCCAUAGGCGAGAUGGAUUUGAGGUUGGAAAUGCUGACAAGAUCUUUGAGAGCACAUCCAAGGAACAGCUGACCAGGAGGGCUGCAUGAGAUACAAAAUGAAGUCUUUUAGCAUGAUGCAGUUAAUUCACUCUCGGGGGGAAAUAAGGGUUUGGUUCAUCUAAGUGGAGGAUCCAAAAAAGUGGUCUUCAAGUCUCAGAUGUUAAUAUAAAUGUAUAUUUCAACAUUAAGUUCAAGGAGUUUGGUGUGUAGAUUGCUUAUUUCAUAAUAAAAGGAAGGAAGUUCAAUUCAAAUUUAA